ACGAAUUGUUACGAGUGGGAGAUGGAUAUAAGACCAUCAACACAGGGAUGAUGACUAUCAGUGUCUUCUUGCUCCUCGUACGUCAGUGAAAUACCAACUCUUGUUUUUGUUUAUUUACAUUUUUUUUAAGUUACUGUUUUUAAUCAUGAUCAAGAUACUGAGUCUAUUUCUAACAUCAGGGAUAUGUAAUGCCGUGUUGAUUGGUCACAAUGGUGCUCACGGUAAUUUCUAUCCCGACUAUUCAAGUUACGAGGGUGUAAGCAACGAUUACGAAGGGCAUCACGUUCUGCCAACGGUCUCGGUCCCGAUUCAUUCGGUUUCAGCGGCUCCAUUCCACGAUGUCGCUCAUCACGAUCAUCAACCGCACCACGAUUUUCAUCAACAGCAGCAUGAUCUUCAUCAAGCGCACCAUGAACUCCAUCAAGCGCACCAUGAACUCCAUCAAGCGCAACAUGAACUCCAUCAAGCCCACCAUGAACUCCAAGCGCACCAUGAACACGAGGCGCACCACGUUCCUAUAGAACAUCACGACCAUGGAGAAGAUCAUGACUACUACUCACAUCCAAAAUACACUUUCAAUUAUGGAGUCCAUGAUCCACAUACUGGAGACGUCAAAACCCAGCAUGAAGUACGUGACGGUGACGUAGUACACGGAUCUUACAGCGUCAACGAGCCUGACGGAAGUGUAAGGAUCGUCGAGUACACGGCGGAUGAUCACAAUGGAUUUAACGCUGUUGUAAAAAAAGUUGAGCCUUCUUUACAUCCGGCUCCGCACCAUCACACUGUCGCCCAUCAUCCAGGACCGGCCCCAGUUCACGUUGGGAAAUAUAUUUCCGCGGCUCCUGAUUACUACGGCUACGAAUUCGACAAACAUCAUUUAGUUUAAAUGAUAUUUUUUUUAUUAAUUAAUAAUUUUUUUUAUUUAAUUACUCUACUACCUAAUAAUUAA